AUGCACCGACAAAUGCGCUUCUUCCUACGCGCGCAUCCUCGACUCGCCUCUCCUCACACGAUGCCUCAAGACCUCGAGAGGGACAAACAAACGACGCGCAAGCGUCCGCGAGCCUCCAAGCGCGUGAUCGAACCCCUCGUCUUCGUUCGAGACUCCAUACGCUGGCCGCAAUGCGCUGAAAGAGGCGAAAACCAUCAUCCUUCACCGGCGGCGCAUCACUCCAGUCGAUGCGUCAUCGUCGACGAUUUGAGCCAUCAAAGCUCGCGGGAAGAGUACGAUGUGAUAAUUUCGAGCGGUUGUGAUGUGCUGCGCGUCACCGUCGACCUCACGGCGGACACGUCGACGAGCGUCGAGCGAGGGAAAGAACGCGCGCUGCGACCGGGACGGGUAAGCGGGACGAGCGAGACGACGACGAUCGGACGAGCGAGCGCGAGACGAGAGAUUCAAGCCUUGAACGCGAGCGAUGAUGGAUUGCGAUUAUACGCGGUGGAUGAUCACGGCGUGAUGGACUGUUGGACGAGGGAUGGGGAGGAUGGUGGCGCGUGGCGCGCGACGGCGAGCGGGACAGGAUCGAGCGACGUCGCUGGCGUCGGCGGAUGGUGCGGGGUGUUUCCAUUGGGGGACGACGGACGAGUGGUGGUCGCGAAGAGUGCGAGUCGAACUUUGGACGUGUACGACGGCGAUCGAAGGGUUCGCAGGAUGAACACGCUGUUGAGGCCGUAUGACGCGGCGACGACGGCUUCGGUGGGAGGCGACGGCCGCGUGCUGUGCGUCGCCGAGGGACAUCACCUCGCAGUGUACGACGAUCGCGUCGCCGAGCGCGGAGGAUGCGCGAAUAGAAUUCCGUUGGGGUACAACAAGCCGCUCUUCGCGGUUUCUGCGUCCAAGGCGCAUGGGAAGGAGCACGUCGUCGCCUGCGGCGGGGAGGAGCGCGUCGUUCACGUCCUUGAUGUACGAAAGUGGGGAUGCACGCAGAGAUGGAGAAACGCCGUCAAGUUCGACAUUACGCAGAUAGAGUUGAGUGCGACCGCUCCGGAGUUCGCCUACGUCGCUGGUCUCGAUUACGAGUGCAUGUGCGGGGACUGGCAAGCCAUGGAUGCCUCGGGUGGAUUUUCGUUCCGAGCCGACUCGCGUUGGAUGGGACUCGCCUCACGCCCCACCGCGAGCGGAUGCGACGUCCUCGCGGGUUGGGCCGAAAGUGGUGCGGUCUACGCCCUGCGCGCGCGCCCCGAGAGCGAGUAA